AGGCAUGCCGUCUCGUCUCUGACAACGAAGGCAGCCUUCUUCUCAAUCUCCUCCCCGUUCAUAAAUACUCCGUUAAGCAGGCGCCAUUCAGAUCAGAGGCGCUUCCAUCACUCGAGAAUGCGCGGCUCGCACGUGCUCCUGCUACUGGUGGCCUGCUCUUCAUUCCACUGUCACCUCGCCGCCCGCCAUGGCCCGGGGCACGCGCCUGCAGCCGUCGCCGUCGUAGGCUCCGUCCGCCCUGACGACGCGGCCAUGGAUGCUGCUUCUUCAGGCGCCCCGGCCGCCGUCCGGUGCCACGAUGGGACCGUCUGCGGCGAGAAGGGUUUGUUUUUCCCGCCGAUUCCGCUCGUGCCGGAGCCGCCGAACAUUGGAGGCGUGCCCAUCCCGCCGAACCCGAUCAUGCCGGCGCCGCCGUCGCUCGUCCCGCCGGUGUUCCCCGCCCCGUCACCACCGUCCAUCCUGCCGCCGCUCGUCCCGCAGCCGCCGCCUGCUUCGCUGAUACCGCCGGUGCUGCCGUUGCCGUUCCUUCACCCACCGCCUCCGCCGCCGCCGCCGCCGUCCAUCCUACCGCCGUUGCCCCUCCUCCCGCCGUUGAUCCCUGGCGUGCCGCCAGCUUCCUCCUCGAAGAACGGCCGACCGGUGAAACCAUGAGAAAGAUGCUGGUCUUCCUGCCCUAUGAGUUAUCUAUAUACUGUGAAAUCUUGUACUGGAAAUACUCUAAUUUAUGGCUGUGCACUCAGGGGCAUGAAAAACAAGAGGGGCAAAGUUAUACAUGCCUCCAGAAAUAUGUAUACAAGCUAAUGGCUAGAUUAUUUUAAAAACCAA